AUGAGUAAAGGUUUGGUGGAUAAGGGGUACUACAAGCAGAAGGUGAUUGAUAAAUACUGUGGGGAGAUUGAGAUGCUUGAGAAUAAGCAUGUAUUGAGGGUUGAUCAGGAGGACCACUCCGUUGUAGAUUCAAUCAAAAUCCAUGUUGUUGUUCUUCUCUGUUUGUUUGUUUCAGGAGAUGCACAAGUGAGAUGCGUUGAGAGCGACAAAAAAGCACUUCUUAGCUUCAAGAAUGGCCUCAUUGACGAGCACGGUAUCCUCUCCUCGUGGCGGGGCAACGAAUGUUGCAAAUGGUACGGUGUUAAAUGCAGCAACACCACUAGCCACGUCGUCGCCCUCCAACUUAAUAAUGUUGAUUACGACUAUGGUGUAUUGCAAGGUGAGUUGGAUAGUGUGAAUUUAGCUAGGUGCAAUGUGGGCCCAUAUUUUCCAAAAUGGCUCCAAACUCAGAGGAAUUUGGCAUACCUUAAUCUCAAUGGUACCAAUAUAACAGAUGAAGCCCCUAGGUGGUUGUGGAGUAUGUCUUCUUCAUUAUGCUACUUACGCCUCUCCAAUAAUCAAAUAAGUGGUAUGGUUCCGAAUCUCUCAACCACCAUCAUUGAACAUAUGGAUCUCAGUUACAAUCAAUUCCGAGGUCCUAUACCAUUAUUCCCUGUCAAUGCUUCGCAUAUUCAGCUGAAUGGAAAUAUGUUCUCGGCUUCAAUUUCAUCUCUUUGCAAAACUCCCCAUAAUUAUCUUAGAUACUUUGACCUAUCAAAUAAUCAGUUGGCAGGAGAGGUUCCCAAUUGUUGGGACAAAAUGACAAACUUGAGAUACCUCAAUUUGGCUAACAAUGGUUUUUUAGGUGAAAUUCCUUCCUCUUUCGGUAACUUACAGGAAUUAGUUGCACUCCAGAUGCACGGUAAUGGGUUUUCCGGAGAAUUACCUUUUAAUUUGAGACUUUGCCAAUAUUUGCUUAUGAUUGAUGUUGGUGGGAACAACUUAACAGGAGAGAUCUCCACUUGGAUUGGCCAGCUGUAUCAAAUGCAAUUUCUUAACUUUCGUGGAAAUAAGUUGCAUGGCAGGCUUGGCAGCAUUCCUCCCGAGAUAUGCGAUCUUAUUGAUAUUCAGGUUUUGGAUUUAUCAAUAAACAAUCUAUCUUCGAUAAUACAUGAUUGUUUCAACAAUUUCACUGUCUUGGCAAGUGAGAGUAUCGUUGCCACAUAUGUUGAUUCAAUUAAUGUUGGUAUACGGUACGGUAGCUAUGAAAAAUGGGAAUAUGAAUAUUCAUCGUUUCAAUGGAAAGGCCAGGAAUCAAAUAACAAGGAAAAUCUCAAGCUUCUCAAACUCAUUAUUUUUCAAGUAAUCGAUUGA